GAGUGGAAGAAUGUAACCACUCCCAGAAACUAAACCUUGGCUUGAUUCGGGGAGUUUAGGAUUUCAACAGUGCCGGAUCUAGCAGAACUAGAUCAAAUAGCACAAGGUGCGAAUGUUUAAAAGAGAGCUGUAGACAGCAACCUUUAGUCACUGAUCUGUAGAGCAACUACUACAACUUGAUUCCAUAUUUAUCCCUGCGCCAACUAAGUAUUGGUUUGACGUAACCUUGUUAUCUGAAUCGUUUCCAAUAAGAUUUGAUUUUAGUAACCAGUAUAUCAUGGGCCCAUCUACGGUACUUCUUGUUUCUUUCUUCAUGCUUGGUUUGGUUCUUCCGUCAGUCUUGAGCUGUAUGUGUCAGCCGACACAUCCACAACGACAAUUCUGCAGAGCUGAUUUGGUCAUCAUUGGCAGAGUUCAAACCAAGCUAUUCCUGCAUGGUCCACCAGACCCAUCAAUCCUAUCGGGCCAACCAACCAUUGUAAGCUACAAGAUUCACAUCACCAGUGUCAAGAAGGGGCAAGGAUAUGCAGGGCAGCUAUGGAAUGUUCAAGACAAUGAGUUGGUCGUCAAUACUACAGCUAGGAAUGUGUCUUGUGGAGUCCCAUGGCUAGAGGUUGGACAACGUUACUUACUCACAGUGAAUGUUGUGAAUGGCAAAGCUUCCCUGCAAUUUUGUCAUUUCCAUCGCCCUUACUCUGAGCUGACUACCAUGCAGCGACGAGGUAUCAAUGGAGCAUACAACAGAGGCUGUGCACCACAAUGCCAGAUUUACACUUGUCGUCCCUAUGCCUACUGUCCUCCAACCACACCCAAUGACAUCACCUGUAUCCACGGUAACAGCAAUACCCAUGAGGACUGCUACUAUCACCAUGGUUACUGCAUGGCCAAACCAACUGGAAAAUGUGCCUGGAAGACCAUUCCCAUCUUUGACGCGUGUGUCUCCAGUAAACUCAAAAAGUUUGACUUUACAGUUUUGUUGUUUAGUAGACAAUCCUUGUUUCACACUAUGAGGGCUGUUAGUGUUGUUAUUCUGGUUGGUGUGUUGUUUACAUAUCUGACUGGAAGUCAGGCAUGUAGUUGUGCUCCUUCGCAUCCACAAGACCAGUUCUGCAGAGCAGACUUUGUCGUCAAGGCAAGUGUUGUUAGCAGCCAAUACAUCUACAAGCCAACACAAGCACCAGCAACAGAACCCACGACAGAACCCACAGCAGAACCCUCAUCAGACUACUGGUCUGUAGUUGAUGAGGAGGAAGCCUUAGUGAUGGGGAAUUUAGCAGAGGUUCCAGGAGAGUUACUACAGCGUCGUCCACCGGCGGGAAUGAUGGCUCCUGUUUUCAUGGCUCCUGGUUUCUCUUCUGAGACGCAGGAAGACAACAGGCCAAUCAAGUUGGAGUAUACAGUGAAGGUAGAGAAGAUCUUCAAAGGAGACAACUAUCUCCAGGAGACUCUGGCUAAAAUCUACACCCAGCCAAAUGAUGGGAUAUGUGGACGAACAGACCUGACAGAUGAAAAGUCCUAUGUCAUAGCUGGCACAUUUUAUGACAAUGAACUUCGUAUCAGCACAUGCAGUUGGAUUGUACCUUACAAGAGCCUGACAAGGAUUCAACGAAGAGGAGUCAAAUUGAUGUACAAGAAGAGUUGUGGAGAUUGCAGGAUUGCUAACUGCUACAGAACCACCUGCAAGUAUGUCCAGCCCAGCGAUGAUGUCUGUAUGUUCGAUAUCGCAAGGAUGGCAAACAGUUGCGAGGGCCAGCAUUCCUACUGCUCACGCUCCAAGUCAGCUUGUAAGUGGCAACGAAACAAAGACUAUAAACAAUGCUAUAUGCCUUAGAAAAGCUUCCUGAGGCAAUGCUUAAUAUAAAAGCAAAUCCUAUCAACAAAAUAGGAGGCACAAUCCAGAUCAUUCAACACUUGUCAAAUCAAAGGUCAAGUUAAUAUCUGGGCUGUUACUUCUAAUUAAUCAGCUACCUAUAUGAGUAUUGUACAUACUUUGUAUCAUACAAGUAUUCCUGUUUAUUAAAGCUUUAUCCUAAUAUUUUCCUAUCUAUAUUUUCCUAUAAAACUAAGCUUUUUGUUACACCUAAGCUGUGAAAAUGUUGAACUGUCUGUGCUAUAUCACUUCUCACACUGUAGGCAGUAAAAGAGAUUAAAGAACAAUAUGGACAAAAGGGGUAUCUAAUUUGUAUUAGGAGUACAAACAGAAGAAUUUAAGAGAGUAAACUGAACGUUAAAAGAAUAGAGAAUAUUUGUUGAGGAAUUACAAACUAGACAUGACUUUCACACUCUAAUUCUAGAUUGAUUUAAAUAAACGAAUUACGGUUUUAGUCAGAAAAUGUCAUGAAUAAGGUACCGGUAGUGUUGAGUUCCAUUAUGUGACCUUCAUUUCUUGACGUCCUGAAUUAUAGGCUUGAUUUACAAUGAGGAUGUCCUGUUAUAGUUCCUGGGGAUUUGGAGGUUAAAAAUGGGACUUGUGUUUAGUCACGCAGGAUACUAGCAUUCAAGCAACAGUCCGGUCAAACUAUAUGAACUCACAGGAACAGACUCAUUUCAGAGAUACAGAAAGUUGAACAAAUUCACAUUCAGCAAAAUUGUAUUAAAAGUUACAAUGGUCCAUAUUGAGGCAAUACUAAAAAAUGCACAAAUUUAAAUGUGUGAACAUAAAGAUGUAAAAGUAUCUGCAUUUGUGUUAUGCGUUUAGAUUCUAUUUUCAGUGGUACAUUGUAUAUUACUCUGUGUAUAGUAUAUAAAAUCUAUAAAAUGUAAACUGUUUUCUGAAUCACUGGAUUUGUUUAUCCACUAUUUGAAAUUUCAAAAUGAGCACCAAACUGAUGAAUAAAUACAUAUUGAAGAAAUAUC